CUUUAACAGCUUGUAAGAUAUUUUUUUGCUUGUCACGGAUAAGUGAAGUCAGUAAACAACAGCUGAGUCGACCGCUGGGAAAAAGCAAAGAUGAAUGUUGGUGUGGCACACAGUGAGGUGAACCCCAACACCCGGGUCAUGAACAGUCGAGGGAUCUGGCUGACCUACGCUCUCGGAGUGGGAAUGCUUCACAUUGUGUUGUUAAGCAUUCCUUUCUUCAGCGUUCCCGUCGUGUGGACCCUUACGAAUGUUAUUCACAAUUUUGGUAUGUAUGUGUUUAUGCACGCGGUCAAAGGAACGCCUUUUGAGACUCCAGACCAGGGCAAGGCCAGGCUCCUGACACACUGGGAACAGCUGGAUUAUGGCGUGCAGUUCACAUCUUCCAGAAAGUUCUUUACCAUCUCCCCGAUCAUUUUAUACUUUCUUGCAAGUUUCUACACAAAAUACGACACAACUCACUUUGUGAUAAAUACCGCGUCCCUUUUGAGUGUGCUCAUUCCCAAACUUCCACAGCUACACGGAGUCCGAAUCUUUGGAAUCAAUAAGUAUUAAGCUGAGUUACAUAAGCACAGUGCUCAGACCAACUUUCAAAUGAGCUAUUGCUUUGUAUGUUGGGACAGUAGAUAACCUCUUGUACUUUGUACCACAGUAAUCUGUACCUAGCCAUUUUGUUCAGUCUGUAAGUGUCACUUGGUUUUAAGACACGUCUGGGGACAUUGUAGUAUGGAAUAUUGUGGAGAAGAGAAUGCCAUGUGCAUUACUAACUUAAGUAAAUAUUUAAUUUUGUUUUUCUUUUUCCUUUUUUUUUUGGUCCUUAAAAAUCUGGGCUGGCCUAGGUUUCAAAGUUAAGACUUUUUUUGUGUUGUGAUUGUCUUUUGUUUUCUCUCACUACACUGAGGGACUAAUUCUUUCAGUUCAAUGUCACAUUUCUAGACACUCUCUUAAACUAUGCCACGAAAAAAUAUCAAACGUUUUUUAAAACUAGUUCCUCAAUAAUUUGGGCCUAUGGUUCAGGAAAUGAUGCGUUCUUUUACGUUUGAUGGGUAUCUGUUGUCUUAUCAGUGCUGAGCAGAUGAAUAAGAAACUCAUUUUGCGUGGUUUUCUC